GAAGCGUCUGGGGAAAAAAUUCCGCUACAGUCAUUAGGGGGUAAGAGAGCAGGCGGAGGCUGCUAGGUACUAACACCAGAUCCCCUGCGCGGCGGCGUGUGUGCGCGGAGGGGCGUGCUCGCUCUUUUCCGCGGCCACUAUACUUGCUGUCUUGAUGAGCGCAGAGGUUUCCGGCUUCCGGCAACAGUAAAACCUUUCUUCCCUGCCUCCCGCUUCCAGCGCAUUUCUACUGAGCAACUACAGGCUGUAUUGCCAUGCUCAGGUUAUCCCUCCCCCAGGUCCGGAGGCUUUCCCUGAUACUUGCAGCCACUUGAGUUCUUCGGGGACAGAGGCGGCGGGGAACCCCAGAAAAGUGAAGUCAUAAGUAAUCAAUAGGGUGACAGAGGAGGAGGUUUUCCUAUUCUUAUUGACUCCUCGAAUAUAUGAAAAAUAAAAAUAAGACUUAAUGGAAAAAAUAUGAAUUACUCUGAUCCAGAAGAAAAGGGCGAAUUAUACAGCACGAAAACAGAGUAGAACUCUUUUCAAGAACUGUGUUUAAAUAAUUUGUGAUCUUUGGGUAGAGUUUGUUUUGGGUAAGAGUCUGAUUUUCUUAUUGGACAACUAAAUGUACUAAUGGGAUUUCCUGUGCCCCAAAUGGGCAUUACAUUUUGUUUAUUUAAAGUUCAACUUUACUAACACUUUUUAUUGCAUAGUAUACAGUUUUGCUGGGAACUCGAAGCCCAAUGUUAGCAGAUUGAAAAGAAAGAUUCUUAAACUGCAGAGCUUGACCGCAGACAGUUUGCUAGGAUAUCAUGGGAAGAGGAAGUUUCCAUUUGCAUCACUAGGAAAAUGCAUAAUGGUGUUUUGAUUAGUUUAUUGAAGGAUAGGUAAGAUUUGUUAGGUAGAGUUAGGAGAAGGAAAAGGGGUAUUACAACAGUGAAACGUUUUCAGCAGACUUCUUAGUUUGGCUAAAGCUGAUGGUAUAUAUUGUAAAGUGGUAAAAUUUCAGACCAGAAAAGCUUGUGAUUGUGCAUGUAGCAGAACGGUGGCACACCUGAACUGUUAGUAGUCAUUGUUAGCAGUUCUGACUCAAGUUUGAAACUGUUCAAACUUGAGGAAUUAUGAGAGCUGGUACUAAAUUGAAUGUUUUUGCUACUGAAAAAAAUUAUCAAGAAUGUGUCUUUUAAAAUAUAACCUCCUGGGUUGCUCCUGUUUCUCUGUCCUUAAGUCUCACACCAGAUGUCCAUUAUUUGCUCAUAAGUAUUACACUCAAAAUAGUUACCAAAACUCUAUUUGUCCUGGGUGAAAACUACAGGAAUAAUUUGGAUUAAGAAACAGGUUGGAAAAGCAAUCCCUGAACUUUAGAAGCUUUCAGUAUUCUCAUGCAAACCUUGUCCUAAUGAAAGUAGUCACAUCAUGAGAGUAAGUAUUCCUAUAAGCUUCUAAGUCUCAUGCUAUGACUUAGGAAAGUACUAGAUGCAGAAGUGCCAGACAACACAAAAACAUUUUUUUCCCUGGAACUUUAGAUAUGAAAAUCAGUUUUUAAUUUUCCCAGCAUGUAGGAAGUCAAAGGAGUGAUGCUCCAUGAAAAUACUGAAGGAAUCUGGAAGUUCUCAGGUUUAUUAUAACAGUCACAGCUGAGGAGAAACAGUGCAUUGCAGAAGUCUUAGAAGCAGUUUGCUAAUGCAUUCUGUUUUUUGACUGUAGAAGUAGUUGCUUUAUAUCUUAACAGCUGAAGAACUGUAAAGAAGAUAGAAUUGUAUUCUGCACAGUACAGCAGCAGAAGGAUGUUCCAGGACAGCAACAGUGGAUAUACGAGAUUAAGAUUGAUUUAGACUCAAUCGUAAGAUGACAGGAUUUCAUAGUGCUUUAAAAUGACCUGUUCCUGGGAACUGAGCAGCAGCAACAAAAAAUUCUCAGGAAACCAUUUAGGCUUGGAGUUGUUUGAAAGGGAGCUGUGACUAAUGAGCAUUAAAGGCCAUGGAUGAGGAUGAAUUUGAAUUGCAACCACAAGAAUCAAACUCAUUUUUUGAUGGAAUAGGAGCUGAUUCCACACACAUGGAUGGUGAUCAGAUUGUUGUGGAAGUACAAGAAACUGUUUUUGUUUCUAAUUCAGACAUAACUGUGCAUAAUUUUGUUCCUGAUGUCCAAGAUUCUGUUGUAAUCCAAGAUGUCAUUGAAGAUGUUGUUAUAGAGGAUGUUCAGUGCUCAGAUAUUUUAGAGGAAGCUGAUGUGUCUGACAGUGUCAUCAUUCCUGAGCAAGUACUUGAUUCAGAUGUAACCGAAGAAGUUUCUUUAGCACAUUGCACAGUUCCAGAUGAUGUUUUACCUUCUGACAUUACUUCAACCUCAGUGUCUAUGCCAGAACACGUCUUGACAAGUGACUCUAUACACGUGUCCGAUGUAGUGCGGCAUGUCGAACAUGUGGUUCAUGAUAGUGAAGUGGAAGCAGAAAUUGUCACUGAUCCUCUGACAACAAACUUAGUUUCAGAAGAAGUAUUGGUAGCAGACUGUGCCUCUGAAGCAGUCAUAGAUGCAAGUGGAAUCCCUGUGGACCAGCAAGAUGAUGACAAAAGCAACUGUGAGGACUACCUUAUGAUUUCUUCACAAGACAUUGUUUUGCCAAAUCACUCCAGACUCUUUCAUGUGGACGAUGCUGGCAAAAUAGAACAUAAUGGUUCCACUGCAGUGACAAUGGAUGCAGAGUCAGAAAUUGAUUCUUGUAAAGUAGAAGGCACUUGCCCUGAAGUCAUCAAGGUAUACAUUUUUAAAGCUGACCCUGGUGAAGAUGACUUAGGUGGAACGGUAGACAUUGUGGAGAGUGAGCCUGAGAAUGAUCAUGGAGUUGAACUUCUUGAUCAGAACAGCACUAUUCGUGUUCCUAGGGAAAAGAUGGUUUAUAUGACGGUCAAUGACUCCCAACAAGAAGAUGAAGACUUAAAUGUUGCUGAGAUAACUGAUGAGGUUUAUAUGGAAGUGAUUGUAGGAGAAGAAGAUGCUGCUGUUGCAGCAGCAGCUGCUGCUGUGCAUGAACAGCAGAUGGAUGACAGUGAAAUGAAAGCCUUCAUGCCAAUUGCAUGGGCAGCAGCUUAUGGUAAUAAUUCUGAUGGAAUUGAAAACAGGAAUGGCACUGCAAGUGCCCUCUUGCACAUAGAUGAGUCUGCUGGCCAUGGCAGACUGGGUAAACAAAAACCAAAGAAAAGGAGAAGACCUGAUUCCAGGCAGUACCAAACAGCAAUAAUUAUUGGCCCUGAUGGACAUCCUUUGACUGUCUACCCUUGCAUGAUUUGUGGGAAGAAAUUUAAGUCAAGAGGGUUUUUGAAAAGGCACAUGAAAAACCAUCCCGAACACAUUGCCAAGAAGAAGUAUUGCUGUACCGACUGUGAUUACACUACCAACAAAAAGAUAAGUUUACACAAUCACCUGGAAAACCACAAGCUAACUAGCAAGGUAGAGAAAAUCAUUGAAUGUGAUGAGUGUGGAAAGCAUUUCUCUCACACUGGGGCUUUGUUUACUCACAAAAUGGUGCACAAGGAAAAAGGAACCAACAAAAUGCACAAGUGUAAAUUCUGUGAAUAUGAGACGGCUGAACAAGGGUUAUUGAAUCGCCACCUUUUGGCAGUCCACAGCAAGAACUUUCCUCAUAUUUGUGUGGAAUGUGGGAAAGGUUUUCGUCACCCAUCAGAGCUCAAAAAACACAUGCGAAUCCAUACUGGAGAGAAACCAUACCAGUGCCAAUAUUGUGAUUAUAGAUCUGCAGACUCUUCUAACUUGAAAACGCAUGUAAAAACUAAGCAUAGUAAAGAGAUGCCGUUCAAAUGUGACAUUUGUCUUCUAACUUUCUCAGAUACCAAAGAGGUGCAGCAACAUGCUCUUAUUCACCAAGAAAACAAAACACACCAGUGUUUGCAUUGUGACCACAAGAGUUCAAACUCCAGUGAUUUGAAGCGACACAUAAUUUCAGUUCACACAAAGGACUACCCCCACAAGUGUGACAUGUGUGAUAAAGGCUUUCAUAGGCCUUCAGAACUCAAGAAACAUGUGGCUGCCCACAAGGGUAAAAAAAUGCACCAGUGUAGACAUUGUGACUUUAAGAUUGCAGAUCCGUUUGUACUAAGUCGCCAUAUUCUCUCGGUUCACACAAAGGACCUUCCAUUUAGGUGUAAGAGAUGUAGAAAGGGAUUUAGGCAACAGAAUGAGCUUAAAAAGCAUAUGAAGACACACAGUGGCCGGAAAGUGUAUCAGUGUGAGUACUGUGAGUAUAGCACUACAGAUGCCUCAGGUUUUAAACGGCAUGUUAUUUCCAUUCAUACAAAAGACUAUCCUCAUCGCUGUGAGUACUGCAAGAAAGGCUUCCGAAGACCUUCAGAAAAGAACCAGCACAUAAUGCGACAUCACAAAGAAGUUAGCCUGUCCAAAUAAGUUCACAGACUUUUGUAAAGAUGUUGCUCUUAUAACAGGAAAUUCAUUUUAAAGUCUGUCAUUCUUGUUCACGUAAAAUACCAUAUACAUCGAUUUAUGCUACUUACAAAUACUAUUAUUUGCUUCUAUUUUUCUUUACAUUUUAUUCAAAGGGUGUUCUGAAUCCUAUUCAGUUUAUUUAAUAAAUGAGGAAAGGUGGCAACAAUUAAGUUGCUUUUAAAAAAGUAAUCCUUGAUUCUAUGCUAAAUUUUCAGUAUUAGAAUCUUUACUGUUCAUUUGUUUACCUUAUUCACCUUGAUGGUACUCUGCUAAGACAAAAUAAUUUAAGAUUGGUAACUCUAAUAAUCAAUCACUUUGACCUGUUGUUUUUGACAUAAAUUUUUCACAUUAGAGACAUCUGCUAAUGUGUAAGUGGGAGAUUCUAUAGUCUGUUCAUAUUAUAAUAUGGAAAUCAUUUCCUUAUCAAUAUUUUCAGAUUACUUGACAAUGAUACUUUCUGUUUGAGCUGCUAGGAUUGCGGAUUGUGGAAUGUCAAUUUGGGUUUGUUUAAUUUUUAUUUCGCUUAUUAGGCAAAAAGUAAUUUCCAAGAAAACUUUAGCCUUUUUCAUAGUGUUUAUAUCUUUUUUUCAGCCUAACGAAGUUUUGAAAAACAUUACAGAAGAUUUUGCUCAUACUUGUUACUUGUUCUUUUUCUUUGCUUUUUUGUGUUGAAAUAGUUAUGUUCUACAAAUGAAACUUGGUGUGGGCCAAAUUUUACAGUAUUUUAGAAGUAAAUUGUGGACCUUAGUUUUGGGGUUUUUUUUGCUUUUUGUUUUUGUUUUGCAGCUUAGUAUAUAAAUGUUCCCUAAAUUUUUGGUAGGUGUGUUGCUCUUCAUGCACACAGUCCCCAGUUUAUACCUGUGAUGAAAACUGUCAAAUUUAUAAAAAUAUAAAAUAUGCAGGGAUGUAUUGAGAGUAUUUUGUAAACUUGCUGUUCAGAGAAACUAAAUUUUGGUUGAGGAAUUAGAAGGGAAAAAUAAGACUUGUAAAAGUGAAGGUAUUUUCCUUUAACUUUGGUAAUAAAAAAAUGGAAGUUAAGUGUUUUUAGACAGAACAUUUCAUAGUUUCAACUUCAGACUUAUUUAAGUUUCUGGAAGGUUAAUCCAGACAUUUGUAAUUUAGUUUUUUCUCAGAAUUCUGUGAGGGAACUGUCUUUGCAAGGAAAGUAGGACCAAAAGGAAGUUGUGUUUCCAUGUAACAGAAAGAAUGCUGAUUACAACUUAGAGUUGGCAAAUUGGUCCUGCUUUUUAUUUCUUGGUUGCCAAACCUGAAGAAGACUUAGCAUAGGAGUUGACUUUGAUUAGAAGAUAAAAGUAUUUUAAGUUCAUUAUGAAAAUCUGUUGCCUUGGAAUACAUUACCAGUUCUUUCAGGUUUGAUUUUUGAGAGUUGAUGUGUUUUUAAGCAGUCAGUGAUAUUUAUACAUAUACAUAUCAUAUACAUAUAUUAUAUAUGUAUGUAUAUGUAAUUCUGUUAAUUAGAAUAUAGUUCAUAGGAAUUUUGAAGAACAGAAAACAAUAUGUAGAUUCCUUAAAUCAGCUUUUGACCCAUACCUGGCACAUUGCAGAAGAUUAGAAAAAAAUUUCCUCAUCCUAUAAAAUCUGCCUCCUGGCUUCAUUAUGGUGCUUCAUACCAGUGUUUCUAUCUGGAUAUACCUUUAACUUUUCUCUGCCAUACUCCUAUUCAGAAGUUACAUUUGUAGGAUUAUAAGUCUAAAUGUUUGUUGUUUCAAAUGCUUUAGUCCAAUUUUAACAUGGUUUUGGAGCAUGAGAAUUUAAGCUUAAAGUCAGCUGAAGCCUUGAAAUGGAUUUUGGAAUCUCUUACGCCUUUUUUUCCUCCCUUAUGUAUCUCCACUCAGUUUUUAGUGUUAGCCAUUAUACUGUUUUUGAAAACCCUAUUUUUUGUGUGUGUGAGAAUCUUCAACCUUUUAAACCUACUUUGAAUUUGACUUUUCCCUGAAGUAGUAAAAAAGGAAAUAUUUAAAUGAAAUUAAAUUUAUGAAUCUGAAACUUACUGGUAAAUCAGUACAGAUAACUAGGUUAUUUAUGUUUUUUAAAUAAACUGAAAGAUAAAGAACACAAUACUUUCACAUAUUUCUCACAUAGUCUGGAGUAAUACAUAGUUUUGUUUUUUUUUAAGCACAAUGUUGAAACCUUUUAAAGGUAAUAAUAGUUUGGUCAGAUAAAUAUAAAAUAUAUUUGUAUAAAGAAAACAUGAAAUUGUACUUACUGUUAUAUACCAUGAUUAGUUACAGGCUCGUUUUAAUUCUUACAUUUGAUUAGCAAAGCUAAAAAUGUUGUUUCAGUUAAAAGUUUUAAGAGGUACAGAUUUUUACAAGAACAUAAGUUAUUGUUUCAUUGAAAUUGCCUAUUAAAAAUUAUAUGUCUUUUCCUCAGUACACAUUGUAAAAUACUUAAGAAAUUCGUAAAAGGAAAAUGUGACAGCUAUUGUAAAUGUGUACUUGAAAAUAAUAAGCAAAUAAAAUGGAGAAUAUUUUCUUGUUAAUAAAUGUUCAGUGUAUUUGAUAUCAGUACUAUAAACAGACUUUAUUGAGGAAAAAUUUGCAGUUUUGCUAAAUUUAAUCUCUCCUGGAAUGCAGGAUGCUUAAUUGCACUCAAUUUUUUUGUUACUUAGACACCAACACUGAUGAUCCUGUGAAUUUACAAGAGGUGGUUCAGAGUGGUUAGUAACUACUAAGCCAUUCAAUGCACAUGUUCUUAAAAUUCAUGUUUUAGCAUCUCCCUUUUCUAAGAUAAAUUUUCCUUGCAGGAAAUUAUUUUUGAGAUUUUAAUUUAUUUCAGUACAAAUCCUUUUAAUCAGUGAUGAUUGCUAAUGUCUCUGUAGCAGAAAGACCCUGUUUUGGAAUAUCUCAUUUGUGCCUUAUUCCUUUAUGCUCAAUUUGUAGUAAGAUUUUUAAUAUGCUACAUAAAAAUAUAAUUUUAAAUACUUGUCAUAGUAAAAUCAGAAACUAGAUUUACCAGGAGUCAAAAAACAAGCAGAAAAGAUUGAGACACUUGAUUAGACAUUUUUUGAGGUAAAAUUCAUGUUACAAAAGUCACUGUCUUAAAAUAUAAUUAGUGGUAUAUUUAGUACAUUCAUAGUGUUAUUCUCCUGUCUCUUAAGUGUAGAUGAUGCAAUGUAAUUGAAACGUUUUUUACUUUAAAGGUAAAAAUAGAUUGUAUUGUACUCCACUCUCUAGAAACAUGUUCACCUAACAGUUGAAAUAGUAACCUUAAAUGGUAAGAGAACAUAAAUGUCACUGGCAAGAGCAGUAAGUUAGACAAGACAAUGGCAACAAUAGAUAUUAAUACCCCUAACACACUCAGUCUGUCCUAUGGUUUCCAAUUUAUUUUGCCGGGUUUUUCUGUAUUUUCUACAAAUUGUAAGACUUGCAUGAAGAAAAACAUUAUGAUCAGUCAGUAUCAUAAAGAUGUAAUUCUUGAAAGCAGUAGCUUUUGAAGUGGGAGCCAGAGAUUACAAGUGUUAACCACAAUAUUAAAAUUUGUAUAACCUGGAAACGUAAGAAUAUAAAUCUUGAACCAAGUCUACCUCUUCUGAAUAAGAAACCACCUUAGGCCCAAAAAUCUGUUUGGUUGAUUGGUUGGUUGGUUUUACCAUAGUAAGAAAAGGGUAGUUGUGGGAGAUGUAAAAAAAAAAAAAAAACUCACUUUUUUUUUUUUACUCCCUCCCGUAGUACCAGGAAUUGAACCCAGAGUCUCUCACAUGCAAGGCUGGGAUAGCAGGUAUGCACCAUCAUGCCUGGCUAAAGUUUACCAUUUUAAUCAUUUUUAAGUACAUGUAGUUUAGUAAUAAGCAUAGUCUUAUUAUGAAACAUAAAUUUCUUGCAGAGCUUAAACUAUACCCAUAACAGUAGUUUAUUUCUCCAGUCCCUUUGGAGACUUUCCAAGUAGAAUCCGAUGUAGUUUCUUGGGUUUUUUUUUAAAGACUAAACUAUAUCACUUAAUAUCCUUGUUCCUAAUCUUAGUGAAUAAGAGUUCAGUCUUUCAUCAUAAAAGUUCGAUACUAAGCAAUGUCUUUUAAAAAUAUGACUCAUAACUAUGUUGAGAUAGCUUUUCACUUUGUUGUUAAAUCUUACCAAAACCUUUUUCUACAUUAAUUACGAUGAUCAUGCCCUUCAUUUUUUGUCUGGUUUUUUUGUUAAUGUGUUACAAGAUAUUGAGGUUGAACUAUUCUUGAAUUCCAAGAAUAAAUUUCACUUGGUCAUGGUGAGCUAUGGUUUUCAUGUGAUAUUUAGUUUGCUAGUGUUUUUUGUUUGAUUAGUUCUUGGUUUUGUUUUUUGUUCUUAUUUUUUGGUAUCAGGACACAGGACUGUUUGCUUUUUGUGUGUGUUUCUUUCAGGUUUUAGAACUGAUUUCAGAGAAAAAACUGAAACAUGGGGUCCAAUAUUUGGGAAGAUUUUUUAGGAGGAUUCGUGUUUUGAUUCUUUUUAAAAUAUUUGGCAGAAAUCUCCUCCUGGUCUUGGACUUUUCUUUGUAAGAGAUUUGUAACUACUAAUUAAACCUCUUAACUAGGUUUGUUUAUUUAGAUUCUCUUAUUUCUUCAUUAUUCACUUUUGGUAGAUUGUUU